AUGGCGGAGACGGCAGAUCCUGCAAGCACACCUGGCGAACUGCCAAAACAGGCCGCCGAACCAACCGAUGCGCUGGCUGCACCGACGAGCACCUCUGUCGAAGAUUCUACGUUUUCAGCCGUGGAUGUUUCUCUUCCCCCAAUAGAUAAAUCUCUGCCAGCAAUGGACACCCCUGUGACAAGUGUAGACACAACGCUUCCGCCAUUGGACCCAUCAAUACCGUCUCUACCGCCAAUUGACACAUCCUUACCUCCGAUAGACACUACCUUGCCAGCUACAGACGGAGGCUUGGGGACAGAUACACAUUUCUCGUUUGAAGAUCCGGACCCAAAACACGAUGACGGAGGACUCGGCGGGCCGGAGCCUACUACGCAUGUUUCGGCAACACCUGGUAGUAAUAUUGGUGAACAGCCAGGACCUUCCCCUGCCCCCGACUCGUCAUGGCAGCUGCCGUCCAAUGGUACACAUUCGCACCACCUACCUCCACUACAGAACCAACCAGCGCAACCGCAAUCACAGCCGCAGUAUCAGCAGCAGCAACAGCAACAUGUACCUCAACAGCAGCAUGCGCCGUCACAACAGUAUCAACCCCAGCAGACACAGCAGCAGGGUCAAAUGCAGUCGCAACCCCAGUCGCAACAAUACCAGCAGCAGAGCUCCGACAUGUAUCACAACCAUCAAGCCGGCUCUACGCCGAUGAACGCACCCUCGAUGCAGACAAUGGACCAUGGACAGACGUCGCAUGUUCCGCAAGCCCCCAUCGGAUCGCCCAUGCCCGCAAUGGCUUCGUGCGACGAAGGCCAUCCCGUCUGCCGAAACUGCGUCAAAAGUAAACGUGAAUGUUUAGGUUACGAUCCGGUGUUUAAACAACAGCCGACUCCUUCUGCUAUACAACCAGCUCCGAAUCCACAUCCGUCUCUGGUGGUCAACCCGCAAGAUCCUUCUACUUCGUCGUCGACCCCAACAUACCCUGCUGCUCCUCCGGGUUACGUGCCUGCGGUCUCUCAGCCUUUUGCUCCGUCCGAGUCUCCCAGCACGUCCACCGAAAGAUACGACUACGGCGCACCCAUCGAUCCAACAUUGGACGGAAACAGCUCUUCGAACAUGGCCAGUGUACAGAAUGCUGUAGAGGGUGGCUUGCAGCCUACUGUCAAUCCGGCGAACACCACGACAUCCUCGGACCCUACAAGCUUCAGAGUGAAACAAGUCCAAAUCAGUGAUCUUCUGGCGCUGAGAGGGAUCCCUCCUCCCCCACCUCAUCCUAUCACUGCUAUUCAACCGAACCGCUUAGAAGAAAUCAAGGCGGUGUUCCUUGCCACAUAUGCUCCUGCCAUUGACAAAUUCUUCGAGACGCGUUGGUUCCAGGAGAAGGCUUUGACUCACCUUUUGGCCAAUGCGCAGCUCAUGGCCGAGUAUUCGGCGUUAAUUGAGGCAUUCAACGAUCAGAACAUCAAUGAUCCGAAUGUCAUAGCACGACUAGAAAGCUUUGAAGCUCAUGGCCAAGAUUAUGACUUGUUAGCCUCUUCUAAACGACUGGACGUCAUUGAGUCCAUGAUUACGGGCGAACAUGUGGACUCGAACCCCUUAGCCCAGUUUCCUGCCAGAGAAACGCCCACAAAUCCGCCGUGUCUAUCAGAUCAGUUAGCGCAACGAUCGCUGGAUUUCUGGAGCGCAAUUGGCCACUUUCUUACGCUCCAUGACAACGAGGCGAGUUCAGCCAAAGAAAUUGACGAUACGCUAGGUCGUUGCCGCACGCUGUUGGAUACGUUUGAAAACCGUGAUGUUAUCUAUUCAAUCGCUAUCGCGCGUCAUCUCGGACAGCGCUGGGCAGAUUUCCCGCGCAGCUUCCCCCAGCCCAUCACAACGAACGAGAAGGAUGCCGGGGCUAAGCUCUACGUUGCACAGAAGUUCCUCGAACAAGAAGCGGGUGGGAAAGGCACCACGCAAGUCAUCAAACGUAUUUGCGGUAUGGUGGUCCGUUCCUGGUUCGUAUCACGGGAGUAA